UUGCCGUGCCGAGGCAAAAAAAAAAAAAUAAAUAAAAAAAACGGCGGCGACUCUUCCAGAAUAAUUAUUAGCUCAACAAUAUGGUAUAAUUACAUUAUUUUCGCUUCAGAAAAGAGGGAAUUCUAAUUUGUCAGUAAUUGCCACGAUACAUGCGCGUAUUUCGCACGCUGGUGACGUCGCUUUCCAGGAGAGCGCCCCCAGCCCCGAUCCACAGAGCCAGCAUCAUGCCCGCAGUCGCUGCAACCACAACAACAACCACCACAUCGAUUGCAGCCCAGAUCGCCGAUAGCCCCAUCAAGAUCGCCCACAAGUGCCUCCAUCGGCCGGAGCGCAGCAUGUCCUCGGCCUCGGACGUAAAUGGCUCAGGGCACUGUCCCGUAGUGCCCAUCGUCUCGGAUCCGGAUCGACGCCGCAUCCAGGUCCUACAGGACACUGCCUUUAGCUUCUUUACGGAAACCCUGCAACGGUAUGGCGUCGAGGAGCUCAUUUUCUGCUUCAACGGCGGCAAGGACUGCACGGUCCUGCUGGAUCUGCUUAUGAGCUACCUGCGCCAGGAGUGCAUCUCCAGCCAGGAGAUACCGAUGCUGUACAUCAAGUCGGGGGACUCCUUUCCGGAGAUCGAUGACUUUGUGGCCAGCUGCAUUCGCAGCUAUCGGGUGCGCCUGGUCGAGUACGACGGAUCGCUGAAGGAGGCGCUCACCCACAUGCAGGAGGACAUGCCCAGGAUCAAGGCGGUGUUUGUGGGCAGCCGGAACACGGAUCCCUAUUGCCAGAACCUGGCCCCCAUGCAGCCCACGGAUAGCGACUGGCCGCCGAUGAUGCGAGUGAAUCCUCUCCUGGAAUGGACCUACCACGACGUCUGGCACUACAUCCACAUCAACGCGGUGCCCUACUGCAGUCUGUACGAUCAGGGCUACACCUCCAUUGGCAAUCGUUCCAACACAGUCCCCAAUCCGCAUCUCAGGCGGCCGGCGGACUCCUGUGGCUGUCCAGCUGGCGGUUCCGUCACCGCCAGCCCGCCCAGCUCCACCGGAGACUAUCGGCCAGCCUGGGAGCUGGCGGACCCCAAGCUGGAGCGGGCCGGACGCCUGCCCAGGAAUAGCUCAUUAGCUCAUUAGGCGUAGUUAGUCUCAAAUUGUAAAUAAUUGUGUGUUUUUUUCGGAUUGGGAAUAUAAAUUAACUCAUUCUGGUACGAUCUACGAUCCAGCUUGCUGAAUAAAUUAGCGACCGGACGACCGGUUGUCUUAAGCAGG